AUGACGUGGACUCUUUACGACUGUGUGCAGACGCUGAACGAGAGCGCGUCGCGGUUGUUCUGCAGCGGUGAGGAGGACAAAGUGACCGAGGCCCUGGCCGUUAUGGACGAGUCGGUGAUCCCCUGUCUGCACCUGAUGAGCCGGGACCCCGCCCUGAGCCAAGAGGACCGAGAGACACUGGAGAGCAUCCGCAGCCACUGGUGCUGCUGCCUCAGCCACGACAUGGACGAGUCUCUGCAGGUGAAGCUGGGGGAGUUCCUUCCCCGAGUGCUGGACUGUUCAGCAGAAACUGUGGUCCUCAAAGACCCUCCAAAGAUCCAGGUGCAUGCGGCCCACGACCUGUGCAGCCGGCUGGCCGCGCUCAUGGAGUCUAUCCACAGCACCUCCGUGGUCAGAGUCAAGUAA